GCCCAGCCAUGCCCGCCGGCAGCAACGAGCCCGAUGGGAUCCUCAGCUACCAGAGGCAGGAUGAGGAGGCUGUCAUCGACCAGGGGAGGACAAGCAACGUUGUCAACAUUCACUAUGAGAAGGAGGAGCUGGAAGGGCACCGGACGCUGUACGUGGGGGUGAGGAUGCCCCUGGUGAGGCAGAGCCACCGGCACCACCGAGCCCACCGCCAGCGGCACCGCGGCAGGGCUCGGGAGAAGGAGCCGGAGCCGGCGGAGCAGGGCUGCGCCUACACCCCCUCCCAGCGGGUGCAGUUCCUCCUGGGCACCGAGGAGGACGAGCAGCACGUCCCCCACGAGCUGUUCACGGAGCUGGACGAGAUCUGUGUGAAGGAGGGGGAGGGUGCCGAGUGGAAGGAGACAGCCAGGUGGCUCAAGUUCGAGGAGGACGUGGAGGAGGGCGGCGAGCGCUGGAGCAAGCCCUACGUGGCCACCCUGGCCCUGCACAGCCUCUUCGAGCUGCGCAGCUGCAUCCUCAAGGGCGCGGUGCUGCUGGACGUCUGUGCCGGCAGCACCCAGGAGAUCGCAGAUAUGAUCCUGGAGCAGCAGGAGCAGUGCCUGGAGCUCGAUGAGUGCAUGAGGGCCAAGGUCAGGGAGGUGCUGCUGAAGAGCCAUCACCACCAGAACGAGAAGAGGAGGAACAACCUCCUGCCCCUCGUCCGCUCCUUCGCCGACGUCAGCAAGAAGCAGUCGGAGCUGCACCUCCAGGAGAAGCCUGCCCAAGCUCCCCCUCCCCAUCCUUCCCCCACCGCCGCGGAGGCUAAGAACGGAGUCAUCCACGACCCCACCCCCCUGGACCUCAGCAAGGCGGAGCUGCACUUCAUGAAGAAGAUUCCCAGCGGCGCCGAAGCCUCCAACGUGCUGGUCGGGGAGGUGGACUUCCUGCCCCAGCCCCUGGUGGCCUUCAUCCGCCUCAGCCCCGCGGUCCUCCUCUCGGGCAUGACCGAGGUGCCCAUCCCGACAAGGUUCCUCUUUGUUCUGCUGGGGCCAGAGGGGAAAGCUCAUCAGUACCACGAGAUUGGCAGGGCCAUGGCUACUCUCAUGACUGAUGAGAUCUUCCACGACGUGGCCUACAAAGCCAAGGGCAGAGGGGACCUCGUGGCUGGCAUCGAUGAGUUCCUCGACCAGGUCACGGUCCUGCCCCCGGGGGAGUGGGACCCCUCCAUCCGCAUCGAGCCCCCCAAGAACCUCCCCUCACAGGAGAAGAGGAAGGCUCCGGGGGGCCUGGAGGAGAGCUCGGAGCACAGCAAGGCAGAGCGGCACAGCGGCCCCGAGCUGCGGCGCACAGGAAGGCUCUUCGGAGGCCUCCUGGGGGACGUUCGGCGCAAAGCUCCCUGGUUCCUGAGCGACUUCCGCGAGGGCCUCAGCCUGCAGUGCUUGGCCUCCAUCCUCUUCCUCUACUGCGCCUGCAUGUCCCCGGUCAUCACCUUCGGGGGGCUGCUGGGGGAGGCCACCCACGGCCACAUCAGCGCUCUGGAGUCCCUGCUGGGGGCCUCCAUGUCGGGGGUGGUCUACUCCCUCCUGGCUGGGCAGCCCCUGACCAUCCUGGGCAGCACAGGACCUGUCCUGGUCUUCGAGAAGAUCCUCUACAGGUUCUGCAG